CGUAAUUUCCGACAGUGACACCUGGCCAGUGCGUGGGAGGACUUUUCAUGCUAAUGCGUAAAACAUCUUUGUGUCCUUCUUUGUAGCUUGUGGCAGCCCCCUUCUUCUUGAACGCACUUCAGCUGGGUAAUCCGUGCAGCAAACUGAAUCACAACCGGCAGAGACAGAGGCAGCAGUCGCUGGGUGGCCAUAUGGGUGGCAACAGUGCUGGUGCGUCGAAUGCCAGCGCCUUUAGCGCUGGCGGCUAUAUCGGCCCCACCAGCGCCAGUAGCCAACACAGCCUGGGGGCGGCGGGGGGCAGUGAUCUGAUACCCGGGCCGAUUGGCACUGGCGCCGCCUUGAGCGUGACCUCGUACGCCUAUGGUGGCACCAGCUGGGAGGAAUUCUGCGAGCGGCAUGCCCGCGUGGCGGCCUCGGACUUUGCCAAGGCCUGCAUCACGUACAUCAACGGCAACCUGCCGCCCGAGGAGGCGCGCAACAUACAGCAUCGCAGCUUUUCACAGAAAUUCGUAGAGUCCUUUGCGAUCCACUAUGACACAGAGUUCUUCAGGCGCCGCAGCACUCUGAAGAUUGGAGCCGGUUCGUUGGACUUUGAUGAGCACGAGCACGAGGUGCCGCGCCUGCUGUCCAAGUCGCUGCUGCGGCGGCUCUCCUUCAAGGGACUGCGCAAGGGCAAGUUCCCCCUCCUGCAGGCCUUCUUUCACAAGAACUCGGACGACGUGGACGGCAGCGGCAAGCAGAGCAAGACCAAGCUGGCCAAGAUCGUGGUCGAGUGCCGCAAGGAGGGCUACGUGAAUAACCUGACCCCCGAGAGCCUCGACCAGCCGACAGGCUCCCAAAAGUGGGAGAAGUGCCGCCUGGCCUUGGUCAAGGCCGUCGGCGGCUACAUGCUGGAGUUUUACACGCCGCCAAAGUCUGCCAAGCCACGCAGCGGUGUCUUCUGUUUCCUAAUCUCGGAGGCACGCGAGACCACAGCCUUGGAGAUGCCCGACCGCCUCAACACGUUCGUUCUGAAGGCGGACAACAACAUGGAGUAUGUGAUCGAGGCGGAGAGCGCCGAGGAGAUGCGCAGCUGGCUGGCCACCAUUCGCUACUGCAUGCGUACACCGCCCACACAGCAGCCCCUCAUCGAAUCGGACGUUAUAGCGGCGGCCAUGCAGACAUCGCCGACAAAUCCUUCGGGCAGCAGUGCCUUGGGUGGCAUACAGAAUCCCCAGUACCAGCAGCAGGGCGGCCUCGGUGGCUCCAAUGGCAAUCUAGUGGCCGGCGGCGGAGGAGUCGUUCUGUCCUCUUCGCUGUCGGCGGACAGCGCAUUGGCCUCUGCUGCCAUUGGCCAUGGAGCCACAUCCGCGAGCGACAUAAAUGCCAUCAAUGAGCUGGGCACGACACCGCCGUCGGGACCGCCGGAAAUACCCAUGCGACCGCAUCGCGGCGAGCAGCGUCUAUCGGCCUCCAGCAAUUUCGAUGGCGUCGAGCUGACCGAGAACGAUGCGGACGUGAAUGUGGCCGAUCUAACGGCAGAGAUGAGCCUCUUUCCCUGGUUCCAUGGCACGUUGACCAGGUCGGAGGCGGCACGCAUGGUUCUACAGUCGGAGGCUGCCGGACAUGGCUACUUUCUGGUGCGGCAGAGCGAGACGCGGCGCGGCGAAUUCGUGCUGACCUUCAAUUUCCAGGGCAGGGCCAAGCACCUGCGGCUGACCAUCUCGGAGAAGGGCCAGUGUCGGGUGCAGCAUUUGUGGUUCCCUUCGAUACAGGAGAUGCUCGAACACUUUCGCCAUAAUCCCAUUCCCCUUGAAUCGGGCGGCACCUCUGACGUGGUCCUCACUGAUUGGGUGCACAAUACCAGCAGACUGAAUGAUCACUCAGCUUCGAUGGCGGCAGGCGGCGGAGGUGGAGGAGGAGGAGGAGCGCACGAGGCGCACGGCCAGCAGCAUCAUGAUCCAUCAGCGGCAGGCGGUGGGCCAACCAAUGGAAAUGGAAACGGGCAUGGUCAUGGCACAGCAGGAGGAGGAGCAGCUGGCGGGGGCCAUCCGUCGCCGAGACAUUGCAACGAAGUGAUUACCAUGAAUCUAAGUGUUCGCCUAAAGACAAACGAAAUUGAACUGCCAUUGGAGCAGCCAACACACGUCUAUUUUCCGGAGCAAGCCUACUUUCCAUUGGACCCCACAACGCUCACGGUGCACAGUUCGCCGCCAGCUGGGCAGGGUAGCUUUCUCGAUCAGCCGCAUCUGCGGGCAUCCAACGCCUCACUGCAGGGCUCCGCUGCACACCAUCAGCAGCAGCAGCAGCAACAGGCGGGACAGGGUGGCAAUGCCAGCGGUAGCGGCGCCAGCGGCAGUGGGAACGAGGGCAGCGGACGCGCCGUCGAUAAUCAGUAUAGCUUCACCUAAAUCCCGAACGGAUUAGAUUGGAUUGGAUUUGGGGGGAUACUUUGCGAAAUUUAUCAUUGUGCCAUUUGUCUUGAGGGGGGGAAAUAUUUGUGUUUUAUUGCAUUAUAAAUAGUACAAGAGAUGUAUUGUAUUGUAUUUGUAUAUCGUGUAGUCAGCUUUUCUUAUUUCCGUCUGCGUGUUCCGUUUCCUUCUCUCUUUGCUUUCUUUACUUGUUUCUAUUAAGUUUAGUAGUACAUAGCUCCUUUGGAAGACAUGAAUUAACUGAAUAUUAUUAUGUAUACAAUAUUAUAUUAUAGCUAAAUGUGUGUGUUCAUUUUUAAGUACAUCAAUGUUGUAUGUAUAGAAAAAAAAACAAAACAAAACAAAAAGAAAACGGAAAAUAUUACAAACAAAAUUUAAGAUUUAUGUGGCACCAAAGGUGCGACUCAAGCGAAUCCUAAAACUUCCUGCUUUACAAAACAAAAACAAAA